UCCUAUGACCAAUCGUAACGUCCGAAAACGUUAAACCACUGUAGACUCUAUAAAGUAUAAACAUUUAUUCACGCCGAAUUAGUAAAAAGCCACUUUUUAGUCUUUAUUUUCAAAAAGUCUACUCUUUGAUAGUUUGAUCUAUUAAGUAUACGUCCAUAAAAACUCUUCCACUAUGAGUAAAGCACAUCCUCCAGAGUUAAAAAGAUACCUGGACAAGAAAUUACAACUGAAAUUAAAUGCCAAUAGACAGGUAGCAGGUGUGCUACGCGGUUUUGAUCCAUUCAUGAAUCUUGUAUUAGAUGAAACUGUAGAAAAAAUCAAGGAUGGUGUUGUUAAUAGUAUUGGAAUGGUGGUUAUUAGAGGAGAUAGCGUUUUAACUAUAGAAGCAUUGGAUCGGAUUGAUCAACAUUAAACAUAUGUAUUCUGUUAAUAAAUAGGAAGUAUGUUUAUAUAAUUAUUUUUAAGUAAUAAAUUGAGUUAAAUAUAAGAGUUCA